UUAAACUAAAGAAGAUUCAAAUGAGUACAUGUAUACGGUUUGCUGAAGGAUAAACACUGCAUCUAUAGGAUUACAAAAGUGAUUUGAAGGGCUACAUGGUUUGCUGAAAGAUAUUACGACAUACAUAAAUGAUUCGAAGGAGUUUAAGUUCUGUGCUGAAAGAUAUUACGCUAUAAAUAAAUGAUUCGAAGGAGUUUAACUUCUGUGCUGAAAGAUAUUACGCCAUACAUAAAUGAUUCGAAGGAGUUUAAGUUCUGUGCUGAAAUAUAUUACGCGGCUAUAAAUAAAUGAUUCGAAGGAGUACAAGUUUUGUGCUGAAAUAUAUAACACUAUAAAUACAUGUAAUUGUUUUGAAGGAGUACAAGUUUUGCUGAAACAUAUUGCACUAUGAAUGAUUCGAAGGAGCAAACGUUUGCUGAAAUAUAUUACACUAUACCAAUACAUAAAUGAUUCGAAGGAUAGGUCUACAAGUGUGCUGAAAUAUCGCUAUAAACAAAUAAUUCGAAUGAGUUCGCGGUUUUGCUGAAAUAUGUAACGCGAUGAAUAAAUGAUUGGAAGAAGUACACGUUUUGCUGAAAUAUCUUACGCGAUAAAUGAAUUAUUCGAAGGAGUACAGUGCUUGCUGAAAUAUAUUACACUAGAAGAAUAAUGAUUGGAAUGACUACAGGUUUGCUUAACGAUCAAUAAUUGCUUUUGGCGAAGUCUGAGAAGGGUACAAGCACAAGAAUGGCUGUGUUUUGAGAACACAAAGGAAUGUCAUUUCACUUCAAUGUUUGCUUGCAUUCUGGUCAUUAAAAAUCCAAAAUAUUUUCAGGGAUGGGUUGAAUGUAUUAUAAUGUAAUAUUAUUAUAAUCUCUAAAAUACGAAAAAGUAUGCAUUUGAUAGAGGAUUACGAUACCACUCGAAACGGGGACUACGUCUCGAAGAAGCGGCGUCGAUUGAGUGGCGGGGUGUUGCGCCGAGAAAGGGAGCAAAGGGCCACUCAGAAGGUUCACUUGGACAUCGGUGGUAUUGUGUUUACGACUUUUCCCUCCACGUUAAGCAUCAUCCCUGGAAGUCUUUUAUCAUCGUUAUCGUGUGAUUGUGAGUUCUACAACAAAUGUACGAACACUUACUACUUUGACAGGAAUCCUGAAAUAUUUCCAAGUAUACUUGAUUGCUAUCGAACUGGGGAGUUUCACAUACCAUUGAGCUGCUGCAUAGGAUCUAUCAACAACGAAUUAAAGUUCUGGAAGAUUCCAGAGGAGUACAUUGCAACUUGCUGCCUGAAGCGAAUAGAGGAAUUCGAAGUCAACCGCCGGACUAUGGAAGAUCUGAAGCGAGAAUUUAAAAGUAGUCUAGAGGAGCACCUUAUGAUGUUAGGCAACUUGUCCAGAUGUGCCGACAUUAAACUUAGGUGUUGGAUGUUUCUGGAGUUUCCGGCGUACUCAAAACAUGCUAAGUGGUGGUCGUUUUUCGUGGGCAUGCUGCUGGUCAUCUCAGUCAUCAACCUGGCCCUGAGCAGCCACCCAGUCCUGACGGUCCAGGGGCCGCACAAUAUCUCCUGGGUAGGCGAAUUCAAGAACAACCCGAAAUUUGCCCGGCUCUUCGGUCGUCUUCCACACCCUGUCAUCGUACGAUUGGACGAAGUUGUCAACAUUAUUCUGACGUUCGAGAUUGUGACGAGGCUCAUUACCUGUCCGUCGAAGAAGAAUUUCUUCCGAUCCGUUUUGAAUUGGUUGGACAUGACCGCCUUGCUCACGUACUGGGUGUUUUCUAUCAUGAUGAACAUAAGUAUAUAUACAGACUUGGAUACGAGAGAAUUUGUUCUUAUCAUGUUCAUUCUAGGAAGCUUCAUUUUCUUGCGAAUUUUGCGCCUUUUUAAGAUAUCCAGCACAUUUAAAAGUCUCCGUAUACUCAUCUUGGUGCUAAAGCGAAAUUCUCGCGAACUUUCUACACUCGUGCUCUUUCUUAUGCUCGGCAUGUUAUUGUUCUCUUCUCUUGUUUACCUCGCGGAACUGCACGUGCCCGAUACAUUUACCAACAUCCCUGAUGCCUUCUGGUGGUCUGUGAUCACCAUGACUACUGUUGGAUACGGCGACAUGUAUCCAAAGAGCUAUCCGGGUUAUCUCGUCGGCGUGAUGUGUGCAAUGGCCGGCAUGGUCGUAUCUGGCCUCGCCAUCCCAAUCAUCAGCAACAAUUUCUCCCUCUAUUACAACUACGCGAAAUAUUUCCGGCAGAAAUUUAAAGUAUCUGCAAACAAAAACGCUGUGUCAGAGAAUAGGUUUGCUAAUCACGGAGUUCGCGGCAUGGUGAGACGAUUUCAUAGUCGAAAGACUUCAUCAAGGGAGCUAUCAAGUGAUCCUGAUGCUGGUGAUGCGCUCUUCAAUUGCAGAAAUGUAACCGAAACUGUGACUGUCAUAUAACACGUUCAAUGCCUCCUUCGCUAUGUCAUCUUGUCCAGGUUUUAACCAUUAUUUCAUUCACCAGUUUCCUCAUGCAGUAUUCAAAGGUCGUAUAGGCCUACUGAAGACCUCGAUUCUACUUCACCGGACCAGUCACAAUUUGGGAGUAGCCUAUCAUUUGAAUCAACGACAAUUCUGACUAUCUACAUGAGGAAAUGGCAUGCAUGUAUGGGAUGUGGUCGCCACCAAGUUAACCAGAUGACACAGCGAGCACAAACAAAUCUUCCCUUUAUUCUCAGGAAAACACUUGUGCUGUCAUUGACAUUUUCUUUUAUAUCAAAUCUUGUGGUAUGUAAUUUGUACUGGCGGGGCGCUUGAGUAAGCCCUGGCCUGGAUCUCGCGACCACUGAGACGUCGCUUGAAAACGCACAAGUGGGGUGGCUAUAAAGUACAUGGAAAGGAUUAAACAAGGUAUACCGGACCAGGGGUGCGUGCGUACACGUUUACACAACGAGAAGUAGGCCUACUCGCUAACCUUGUCUCUUGUUUAGUUCAAGUACGGCCAUCUAAUCCCGACGUAACCCCACUGCGAGGGUCGCUUUCGGCGCCAGUGCGGUGGAUUUACUCGUCAUUACGCGCUCAGCGGGCACACUGGUACAUGAAAUGGACCUGAAAUUUACAGAUGCCAUCCUAGUCCACCCCUUGUUGCGUACGUGCUACAACUCUAAGUAUCAAAGCUCUCGUUGAAUGUCCUGAUGUCUUGUCGUUGAAUGAUUGUCUCUCGUUGAGUAAUGAUGAUGAAUGGAGAAUGAUGGUAUGUAAGUUUUGAAAUAUGCAUUGUUUCUAUGCACCCGUUUAUGGAUUUUGCCAUCCUUAUUAAAACUGAAAAAUAGAAAUUAAUCAUUGUGUCAACACUGAUUCUGAAUACACCUUGUUUUUUUUUCCUUAGUGGCGUCGUUCAUUUACUUUCAAAUGUUCGUCGCACACUGUUCGCAAAUUCACCACAAUUUUUGGCCGAUCAUAAUGGACCUCUCUCUAUUUUUCGAGGGGUUUAGAUUGAUGAAGUGUUUCCAUUCAAAACAUCCCGGCAAGACGGUGACUUGAAACACUGAGAUUCGGGCAAACAACAACGUUACGCCGGGAAGGUACAUGUAUUGUGAGCAGGAUAGCGGCCUGGAUUGACCUUGGUGAUUCAAAAUGUUUCUCGGCAGCCAAUAUACCGAGUAUAAAAAAUACGAAGAACAAUGUAUUUAUGACAAUAUUC